AUGUGGGGAUCGCUUUGUUCUCGAGUACGCGAUUUCAAUGUCGCUGUAGUAUGCGGUACCUUUUUCGCUGUGAUUCUGAGCUCUCUGUACCUUUUAGUACUACUUUUAUCACACUGGCCCAGAAAACCUUUUGCCGAAGAGCUCUCAUACAGGACCAAUGGUAACCAAGGAGGCGAAACUAGCGGUCAAUUGGUUUGUGUGAAAGAUUGCAAGGAAAAUGUUGAUGGAAUUGAGCUUUCCGUCCUAGUUCCCAGCUAUAAUGAAGUGGGACGUAUUUUGGUGAUGUUAACAGAUGCAAUUGAGUUUCUGCAAAAGAAAAUAGAAAACAAGUGGGAGAUUCUUAUAGUUGACGAUGGCUCGCGAGACGGGACGUCAGAAUACUGUCUGAAGCUAGCUCACGAAACAUUCAAACUCAAGCCUGGACAACUGAGGGUUAUAAAAUUGGCUAAAAAUCGUGGUAAAGGCGGUGCUGUGAGACACGGAAUGCUUCACAUCAGAGGAAAAUUCGGGCUCUUUGCAGAUGCUGACGGUGCCAGCAAGUUUUCGGACUGCGAAAAACUGCUGAGCGCGACCCAGAAACUCGAUGAGAGCGGCAAAGCCGUUGUAGCCAUUGGGUCUCGAGCCCACAUGGUAAACACGGAUGCUGUGGUCAAGCGUUCAUUUAUCAGAAACUUUCUUAUGUACGGACUGCAUACGCUUGUUUUCGUGUUCGGCAUUAGAUCGAUAAAAGACACGCAGUGUGGGUUCAAGCUUUUCAACAGACCCGCGAUCGUGCAGAUUUUCCCUUACUUGCACACCGAGGGCUGGAUCUUCGACGUGGAGAUUCUGAUUUUAGCGCUCAAAAAACAGAUACCGAUCAAAGAAGUGGCUAUUUCCUGGCACGAGGUAGGUGGCUCUAAAAUGGAGCUUGCUAGAGACAGCAUAAACAUGGCGAAAGACCUAAUCACUAUUAGGUUGGCUUACAUUAUGGGCAUUUAUAGCGGUAAAACCGAGUGUUAA